GCGGCGGUGCGGCGCCGGAGAGGAGGCGCGCGUUCGCGCCGCACUCCCACCCCGCCUUCCCACCAUCAUCACGCACCAUGGCCGCGCCGCCCUUCGCCCCGGCCCACGCCACCGCCUCGCUGCUCCUCUCCUUCCGCCCCGUCGGGCGCCGCGUGCUCAUCCUCGGCGCGGGCCGCCUGGCCGCGUCGCGCGCCUUUGCCGCCCUCGAGGCUGGCGCACAGCCCGUCGUCGUCGGCCUCGAUGCGCGCGGGCAGGCGGGCGCGUGCGACGAGAUCAGGUGGAGAGUGACGCAGGGCGAGGUGGCGUGGCGCGAUGCGCCGGCGGAGGAUGGAGAGGCGGCGUGGGCGGCACUGCUCGACGAGCUCGACCGCGAGGAAAGCGGUGAGGCACGGGAGAGCACCGCCAGCAGCAGCACUGCGGCAAGGCGGGACAGCUCGGCCAGCAGCAGCAGCAGCGCCACUGUCGGCACACACAUCUCCGCACCAGCGCUGCUGGCCGUCUGCGUCACCGACACGCUGCACCUGGGCGACGCCGCGCUCGUGCCCGCCGCCUCGAGCUCGGCGCCGACGCCGGCGCAGCGCAGCAUGGCGCGCGCCCAGCUGCUGGCACGUCUCUGCCGCACGCGGCGCAUCCCCAUCAACGUCGCCGACCAGCCGGCACUGUGCGACUUUAGCUUUCCCGCCACGCAUCGCUUUGCCUCUGCCGCGCCGGGUGCGCCGCCGUCGAGUCUGCAGGUCGCGGUCACGACGAACGGCCGCGGCUGUCGCUUGGCAGGCCGCAUCCGCCGCGAGAUCGUCGCCGCUCUGCCGCGCAACGUCGGCGAUGCCGUCGAGCGUGUGGGGCGCAUGCGCGAGCUGGCCAAGCGUGGCGACCGCAGGCGGGCGUCGAUGAGCGUGGCGCGCAGCCGCAGCCGCAGCCGCAGCCGCACGCAGCGCCGCAGCGUCGCCGAGCGCGACGAGGAGGACGGCGCUUUGGACUCGCAGCCGCUCAACAGUCCGGUCCCUCAACUACGCUCUCGCACCUCGAGCUCCUUCUUCGGCGCCGAGGCGCUGGCCGUCGACGAUGCAGACCUCGACGCCGAGGAGGAGGCGGAGCGGAACAAGCGGCGCAUGCGCUGGGUCGCGCAGAUGAGCGAAUACUGGCCCAUUGAGCAUCUCGGCAGUCUGCGCGAGGAGCAGAUGAGCCAGAUGCUCGACACGUACGACGAGGGCCAGCGCGUCGAGCCGGCGCCGCCUGCUGCCCUGCCAGCCAGCGCCGACUCGCCUCGCGGACGGCUGUCGGCGCGUGGACCGGGCCUCAAGCGCGACACGUCGCAGCAUUCGCUGGCGCUCAUGCCUCCCUCGCCCGAGCGUGCCGCGGGCGCAGGACACAUCUACCUGCUCGGCUCCGGGCCCGGGCAUCCCGGUCUGCUCACGCUGUUGGCACACACGCUCCUCACCUCGCCCGACACGCAUCUCAUCCUCUCCGACAAGCUCGUGCCCGCGCCCAUUCUGCGGCUUAUCCCGCCUACGACGCCGCUCAUCAUUGCGCGCAAAUUCCCCGGCAAUGCGGAGGGCGCACAAUCGGAGCUCAUCGCGCUGGCGCUCAAGGCUGCGCGCGAGGAGGGAAAGACGGUCGUGCGCCUCAAGCAGGGCGACCCAUUCGUGUAUGGGCGUGGCGGCGAGGAGGUUCUGGCGUUCCGCGCGGCAGGCAUCGAGUGCACGGUGGUGCCCGGCAUCAGCUCUUCGCUGGCGGCGCCGCUCCUGCUCGGCCUGCCAGUGACGCAGCGCGGCGCCGCCGACUCGCUGACGCUCUGCACGGGCGUCGGGCGCGGCGGCAAGCUCGUCAAGCUGCCGGGCUACGAGCGCGCGCGCAGCACCGUCAUUCUGAUGGGCGUCGCUCGGCUGCGAGACGUCGUCGCUACGCUCACCGAGGGAUGGGCCGCCGGUGCAGAGACUUCCUCUGCGCUCACGUGCGGCACAGCAACGAGUGGUCGUACAGGCGCCGCCUUCCCGCCCCACACGCCCAUCGCUAUCGUGGAGCGCGCCUCGUCGUCCGAUCAGCGACUGGUCGCCUCGACACUCGCCGAGAUCGUCGAUGCGCUUGAGCGCUCCGGCGAGCAGCGCCCGCCGGGCAUGAUGCUGAUUGGCUGGGCCGUGCUGUCGCUGCACGGCACAGGCGACGUCAGUGUGCUUGACGACGAAAGCGAGUGUCUCGCUGCCAUCGCAGCGGGCACGCAUACGCCCGCACAGGCGCGCACGAUGCUCGACGCCAAGGAUGUCGCGCGUGUCGAGCGCUGGCUGGGACCUUCUCGCUGCAUCGUCCGCGAAGGUCUAGAUGACGCGUACGCGGCGGCCCUGGCGCGCUUCGCACCUGCGACGCAAGAGGAGACACACGUCAGCGGCACCGAGACGCCCAAGACGGGCAUGCAAACGCCGAAGGACGGCACGGCGACGCCCACAGCUGCGGCGCCCGACUUCUCCCUCGCAGCGCGCGCCGCCGCAGGAUGGGCGCCGCCGCGCUACGCCGCCGAUGCCCCGUGGGGCGGCUGGGGCGCGGGCGAGCGCCCCAACAAGCCGGCGGUGGACGAGGCGGCGUGGCGGAGCAACGAGGAGUAUGUAAAGCAGAGCGCGCAGAACGGCGCGUGACGAGCGCGCGAAGCCAAUGCAAGCGUGGAAGCAAGGGAUA